GCGCAAAAAAAAGUGAAGCAAUUCAGACCCUAUGAUUCGCCGCACCCACUCUCCGCCUUCCGCUCAACCCUUCCUCAAUUAUGUCAUUCUUCUCCCGAAAUCCAUUUUAACAUCGACUUUUAUUUAGUUAACAUGCGUCUCGCUCAACGCCUCCUUAUGGCCACGCCGGCCGCAAUCGGCUCUAAAUCAAGUCUCAGCGAGGCCCUGGCCAUCCUCCCACCGAUUCAGCUCUACCGACGCAUCCUACGCGUUCAUCGCCGCAAACUCGAGCCGGAAAUGCGCAUUCUUGGAGAUUCGUAUGUGAAGAAGGAAUUUCAAGCACAUCGGACCGCCGAAAAUCCAUUGCAUAUUAUCGGAUUCUUGACUGAGUGGCAGCUUUACGCUCAGAAGUUGGAGGGUGAUCAAUGGGCGGGAGAAAAGCUGGAUAAAUCCAAGUUGGAUAAGAUGAGUGACCAGCAACUCGGCCAGCUACUUGAGCUCAUGCAGGCUCUUCGGAACGAGGGUGGUGAAGGCAAUGACGAAGCAGUAUAA